AUGUUGGGGCCACUGUCAUACGCUCGGAUGCUCACUGUAGCAUUCGCAAUCGUGGUGCUCUCGACUGUUACAGAAUCAGCCUCUUACGGCGACACGGGACGAGCAACGGCCACCUUUUAUGGCAGCGGCGACGGUGGCAAUUGCGGAUACGGCGUCCUUGCGGAAUCCGGCUACGGCCCGCUCAUCGCGGCGGGAAGUGCGCCGCUUUACAAGGGCGGGAAAGGCUGCGGCGCGUGCUACAAGGUGCGGUGCGUGGACAGCAAGUGGUGCAAGGACGCGGAAAUCACGGUGCCCAUAACGGACUUCUGUCCGGGCGGUGGAGUGUGUUGCGCCACGUGCACGCACUUCGACCUCAGCCAGCCCGCGUUCGGCAUCAUCGCGGACCCCGUCGCGGGAGUUAUUCCGCUCGCGUACCAGAGGGUUCCAUGUUCAUUCCCCACGUCCAUCACCUUCCGCGUGACCGGCACCAACUACUGGAUGAACGUGCUGCUGCUGCGCGUGGGCGGGCCGGGGGAGGUGGCACUGGUGGAGGUGUCAUCUAAGAACGACCCCAACUGGCGCCCGCUCACGCACGACUGGGGCACGAAUUGGCGUCGCAGACCACAGGGGGUGUGA